AUUGAUCUUGGUAAUGCUACUGUUAUUUAUCCCAAGGUGUUAGCAAAUUUAGCUUCCAAUCAAUAUACCAUUUCCUAUUAUGCAUGUGCAGUACAGAUGGCUUUCUUCAUUUUGUAUAUUAUUUGUGUACUCUACAUCCUGGCCACCAUGGCUUAUGACCAUUUUGUGGCCAUCUGUAACCCUCUGCUCUACAAUGUCAUCAUGUCUCAGAGACUUUGCCAUGUGCUGGUGGGCAUUCCAUACCUUGCUAGUACCUUUCAGUCGGUGUUGUUCACCAGCAAGAUUUUUGCCUCGACCUUCUGUGGUAACAAUGUGGUCGGUCAUUUCUACUGUGAUGAUGCUGCCUUUAUACCUUUGCUCUGCUCAAACGCCCGAGAAAUUGAACUCAUGAUCAUCGUGUUUUCAGGAUUUAAUGUGAUUUCCACCCUCUUGUUCAUUCUCAUGACCUACCUGCUAAUACUUAUAACCAUAUUUCGAAUGCCUUCUGCAGAGGGAAGGAAGAAGGCUUUCUCCACGUGUGGUUCUCACCUGACAGUGGUGGUUGUCUUCUAUGGGUCCGUGCUGUAUAUGUACCUCCAGCCGGAAUCUGCUCACUCUUCUGACAAUGAAAAAAUAGCCUCUGUGUUUUACACUUUAUUCAUCCCCAUGCUUAACCCAUUCAUAUACAGCUUAAGGAACAAAGAGGUAAAGAAUGCCUUCCAGAGGGUCAUUAAGAAU